AGCUUAGUAUAAAAGACUCCUGUAUCUGUCAAGAUAUCACAUCAGCUCGUAAUCAACCUGAAGACUGAUACCUACAUGAAAAUGGUGCUAUCUAACAAUAUUGGUGCCGUGCUGACGUUUGCUUUUGUAGCACUUUUUGUUUGUAUGCCCGUAUCGGUGCAAAUGAUACACCUGGAGAAACUGUCCACCGUCUACUUACCUCACACUUACGUAAACGGAGUCGGACAGUACAUGUACGACAAAGAUGCUGCCGUCAUGUCGACAUACGAUGAACACGAUUCCACUGUAUACGCCAUAGGGCACGAAUACCUCCAUGUAAUCGACAUUUCGAACGUCACUCAUCCAGCUAUUGAGUCCAAGCACCAGUUCUUCUACGCCAAACUGAGGGCCAUCGAAUUUUGUGAUGACUAUUUGUUUAUUGCAAUGACUGGUGACAAAAACACUGGUCGAGUGGAAGUAUACCAAAUACAGCAUGCACCAACCGAGAUGCUUGUCCUAGUGCAUAACAUCACAGUUGGUGUUAAGCCAGAAAUGAUCCAGGCUACUUCUAAUUGCCGAACUGUGGUCGUCGCCAUGGAAGGGAGUCCGUACAAUAACGGUUCCGAUUUCGUCGAUCCCGAGGGUGCUGUAGGGAUAAUCAGAUUCACCGAGGCAGCUGGAAUAGGCGGAUCGUACCAAUAUACUAAGCUUGACUUUAAAAAGUUUGAUAAUAUAUGGCAGGAACUGGUAUCCAGUGGAGUUCGGUUUAUAUACAGGGAGAACAACAACUCGUUCUCUAAUGAUGUGGAGCCGGAGUACAUCACAUUUAACAAGGACGAGAGCGUCGCGUACAUAGCGUUACAGGAGAAUAAUGCUAUAGCUGAGGUGGACAUGGCCACUCUUGAAAUUACAGACAUCCAUCCACUUGGAUAUAAGAACUGGACCAACUCAAAGCUCGAUGUCAGCGAUAGAGACAACAUGGUUAACAUACGUCAGUGGCCAGUGAUGGGUAUGUACCAGCCAGAUGCCAUCAAAUUUAUAACCAUCGGGGACAAGUCCUAUCUUCUCACAGCCAACGAGGGCAGGGCCAAGGACUACUCGGAUAUCGUGGGAUCAGGCGGCUUCAACGAGGAGUCAAGAGUGGCCGACCUCACCAUAGACGAUCACAUAGACCUGGAUGCGCCUGUUUCAUAUUGGGCCGCAAACAACGGAUUUAUGUGGAACCUUCAAACCGACAAAAAUCUUGGGCGUCUGAUGGUCAGUAACCUGGAAGGGAAGCAUGGGGAUGCGUAUGACGAUCUAUAUACAUUCGGUGGAAGAAGCAUAUCAUUAUAUGACGUCAGCACGUUUAACCAGGUGUACGACAGCGGAAGUGAAAUAGAGGAAAAGAUUGCACAGCAAUACAGUGGACUGUUCAAUGCUAACGGAAAAUCUCAAACAUCUGUCGUAUCCGAGUCCAAGGAUUCGCGAUCGGAUGCUAAGGGUCCAGAAGUUGAAAGUCUAGCCGUUGUUCAGGAUGGUAACACCACAGUAAUAUUUGUUGGUAUAGAAAGGCCCGGCCUGAUCGCCGUGUACUCCAUACCUGGUGACGUCAGUACUAUACGGUUCGAGAGUCUGUGGAGUGGAAUAACUAGAACAAACGACACGUUUGGGAAUCUGUACGACCAGCGCCUCAUCAGUGACAUAGGACCUGAUGAUCUCAGAUAUAUUCCUGCAAAUGAGAGUCCAAACAACCGUUCACUGUUAGUGAGUACAUCGUCGACCAGUGGAACCGUCUCUUUGUUUGAGAUUAAAGGCUUGUCUGGUACAAACACCGGCGGCAGCGUCCCUUAAUCUAGAUGUACAUUGUGGGAUCACGCUCUUGUCAACUAUACUGUUGCCCAGUUCAUCAUAGUGUCCGAAGACAAGUCAGGGUACACUGUAGGGGAGAUACCUGUACCUGUGUGUCAUCGGUUAGAUCCCGAUCUAUGUACGCUGUAGGGGAAACAACUUUGUAUAGUUUGUGAAUAGACAAUUCAUAUAUUGUCUGAAGAUCUGAUGUGAGUAAACUUAAGGGGAGAUAGACGUUUUUAUUUUGUAAAUAAACAAUUCAUGUUGUCUGAAGAUCCCGAAGUGUGUACGCUGUAGGGGAGAUAACUGUGUUUAAUUUAUAGAUAAACAAAGAAUGUUGUCUGAAGAUCCCGAAUUGUGUACGUUGUAGGGGAGAUAACUGUGUUGAAUUUGUAAAUAGACAAUUCAAGAACAGCUAAACGUGAUGUCUUUAUUCAGCAGCAUCCUGUUGUAUACACACGAUGGCCGUUUAUGAACUCAACUCAACUUUCUGUGUAUUAAAUAUAGUAAAAUGUCA